AGUACUGAUGUUGCAUUCUCAAAUGUUAUUUUUCUGUUAGAUAUUUACAUGAGCUAUUCUUUGCAGAUACAAGAGGCAAAAACGGUCUACAAAGAUAAGGAAGGUCAUCAGUUUGGAUUUGACCAUUGUUGGACUCUUUUGAGGUUUCAGCAAAAAUGGAUGGUUGAACAUAAAAAAAUUGAAGCAACUAGAAUCUUCAAGGCUCCUACUAAAAAUCAAAUUUCAAUUAACUUGGAAGAUGAUAAUGGAAAUGCUCCUGAACCUGCACCCUUGAAGAGGCCUAUUGGAAGAAAGGCUGCAAAAGAAGCGAACAAAAAAACAAAAUCCAACGAGCAAGGUGAUGAUGAUGAGAAGGAAUCUUCAAAAGUCCGUUCUGAGUUGGAAGAGUUUAGGGCAAGGAGACUAGAAAGUGACCGCGUAAAGGCAGAACAACUUAAGUUGCUAAUUAAUAUUGAGCAAAAGCAGGUUGCUCUUAGAGAAAAGGAAAUUGAACUUCAAGCUCGAAGUGAGGAAACUAAAAUAAUGUCUAUGGAUACUAGUUCCAUGAAUCCUAUUCAAGCAGAGUAUUUCAUCAGCCUUCAGAGAGAAAUUUUGGCAAAAAGAGCUGGUAAGAAUGGAAAUGAGUAGUCUCUUGUGUCAUUACUCCUGGAUAUUUAUGCUAUUCAGAGACUUGUGUUAUGUGUUUUGGAUUCUUUCUUUCUAGCUUUUCAGCUGCUGAAUAUUUAGAGGGUAAUAUUUUGUUGUGAGAUUAGUUUAGCAGGAAAAGUGUAUCUUGUUUCUCAAGUUUGGACCUUGAACAAUGUUAUUGUUA